UUUUUUUUUCUCUCACUAAGGAAAAAAACACUUUUUUUUCUCCCUCAAAAAGACAGUUUUUUUUCUUUCUUACACACACAACAAAAUUCCAAUAUAUUCCCUUAAUUUCUCUCAGUUUUUGCUUACGAAAAUACUUUAUACGUAUCCACCAAUGUAAUUUCGACCCAUAAAACACGCUUGAUUUGACUCACUGAGUUGGAGAAAAUUAUGAUGGAAGCAAUGGAGAGUUCCGUCGUCAAUGGCGGUGGUUUCACUCAGUUACAACAGAGCUAUGGAGAUAGUAGUGAAGAAGAGCUAUCGGUGUUGCCACGUCACACUAAAGUGGUUGUCACUGGGAAUAACCGUACCAAAUCGGUUCUUGUUGGUCUUCAAGGUGUGGUUAAGAAAGCUGUUGGACUUGGUGGAUGGCAUUGGCUGGUUCUUACAAAUGGCAUUGAAGUAAAGCUACAACGAAACGCCCUCAGCGUAAUCGAAGCUCCCACCGGUAACGAAGAAGAUGACGACCUUGAGUUCGGGAACAUGCAGUGGAACGGAUCAGACUUGGCAUCGGAUGACACUCAAAAGUCCCAUAGGUUGAGACAUAAGUCGCAUAAAUCGACGGGGUCUUCUCACAAAACUACGAGCAGGUCUCUUUCCUGUGACUCACAGUCUAAGAGUUCUGUUUCGACACCCCAGGGGUCCACGAAAGUUGACCUCAGCAAACUAGAGAUGGCUGCUUUAUGGAGAUAUUGGCGACACUUCAAUCUUGUGGAUGCCAUUCCCAAUCCGUCGAAAGAACAACUAGUCGAUAUUGUUCAAAGGCAUUUCAUGUCACAGCAAAUGGAUGAGCUGCAGGUGAUUGUGGGAUUUGUUCAGGCUGCAAAGAGAUUGAAGACCGUUUGCAAAUGAACCUCAGACGAUCCAAUGCUAACAGAUACUCAGUAUCGUAAUAUCCUCUUCCCCCCCUCGGUACAUUCGUUAAUGAUAUCUGUAACAUAUGUAUUCGCAGAUUGUUUAUCCUUCUCGUUCUUAAUUAAGUAGGUUUAGUAUUCGAGUUCGAGUUAAUAGAGAGGUUCAGUUCCAUUUUGGUAGAAUAGUUUAAUGUAGAUAUAAUCCAAAACCUGUUUUACAGAGACCCUCUAAAGAAGUCCCCUUUGUGGCUUCUUUUCUAAAAGCUUUUGCUUGAAUGUAUCUCUGACUUGGGGAAGUGGAUUUCUUGAAUUGUAUAUAUUCUUAUUUAUUA